CUCAGUGUGGCUGUCUCCCCGCCCCCUUUCGUUCAGCCCGGGGCGGCCUGCGGGAUGGCGAAGACCGGAGCCUGCGUUCGGCUUGGAGUGUCCGCCCUCUGCUCGCCGUCGCUACUGAGGAAUGCCAGGCCUCCCCUGCAGCCCCUCCAGCCGAGUCCCUGGCCUGGGCUGAAGGCCGCUAGGGCCCUGAGCGGCUCGGCCGAGAGGGCGAUGCUGGGCCGGAUCAUCCGAGUGGAUCACGCCGGGGAGUACGGGGCUAACCGCAUCUAUGCCGGGCAGAUGGCCGUGCUGGGCCGCAGCCCCGUGGGGCCUAUCAUCCAGCAAAUGUGGGAUCAAGAAAAGGAACAUCUGGAGAAAUUUAAUGAAUUGAUAGUUGAUCACAGAGUUCGGCCGACGCUUCUAAUGCCUUUCUGGAAUGUUGCAGGAUUCGUGUUGGGUGCUGGAACUGCCCUUUUUGGAAAAGAGGCUGCCAUGGCUUGUACAGUCGCAAUAGAAGAGAGUAUAUCACAACAUUACAACAAUCAGAUAAGGAUGCUAAUGGAAGAUGAUCCAGAAAGGCACAAAGAAUUACUUGAAAUUCUCAAGAAAUUCAGAGAUGAUGAAAUGGAACAUCAUGACACAGGAUUAGCACAUGACGCAGAAAUGGCACCUGCAUAUGCAUUAUUGAAGAAUAUUAUACAAGCUGGAUGCAAGGCUGCUAUCUACGCAUCUGAACGCAUUUAAAUAUUUUCUUUGUAAAAUAAAUCUGUUUUUGCAAUUGAUUACUAAUAUACAGUAAAAUAGAUAAUGUUGUAACUUAUUUGGUUUGUACCUAUCCUAUAAUUUGUUUCAAUUAUGAAAAUAUAUGUUUUUGUGUACAUGGCUGAGAAACGUGAUGGCCUGGUGGUAUUAUCACUGGACUGUUAAUCCAGAGACCCAGAGGACAUUCUGGGGGCCCAGGUUCAAAUCCUGCUGUGGCAGAUGGUGGAUUUUGGAUUCAAUAAAAUAUCUGGAAUUAAAAAUCUAA